AUGGCAACCUUUGACGUGACAGCAAUAGCUUCUAUAAACAGAAGUGACAGCAGCGAGAUAGGAGCCCCACACCCCGAGAGACGAGAGCAGGCAGCAGGGCCUCAGCCUGACCCUGGGCCUACUGCAGCACACAGGACUAUUGGCUAACUUUAGCAGCUUUGUGUAAUUCGGUUUUUGCCACCCUCCCGAGCCUCGAUCAUUGUGGUUGGUCACAACAUGAACACCAUGGAGAACUUGGAGAAGCAGCUGAUUUGUCCCAUAUGCCUGGAAAUGUUUACAAAGCCUGUGGUCAUCCUACCGUGUCAACACAACCUCUGCAGGAAAUGUGCCAACGAUGUCUUCCAGGCAUCAAACCCAUACCUUCCAACAAGAAGUGGCUCGUUGACGUCAGGUGGCCGCUUCCGAUGCCCGUCCUGCCGGCACGAGGUGGUUCUGGACAGGCACGGAGUUUACGGGCUACAGAGGAACCUGCUUGUCGAGAAUAUUAUUGAUAUGUUCAAGCAGGAGUCAAGCAGCAGCAGCAAGCCAGCGCAGGAGAGGUCGGAAGAAUCACCCAUGUGCGAUGUCCACAAGGAAGAGAAGAUCAAUAUUUACUGUGUGACCCACGGUGUGCCCACAUGCUCCAUGUGUAAGGUGUUCGGAGCUCACAAAGACUGUGAGGUGGCACCCAUCAGCAGCAUUUACCAGACUAAGAAGACAGAGCUGAGUGACGGGAUCACCAUGAUGGUUGGGAACAAUGACAGGAUCCAAGGAAUUAUCAGUCAGCUAGAGGAAGCCUGUCGUGUCGUAGAGGAGAACGGACGGAGGCAGAAGACUCUGGUUUGCGAGAAGUUUGAUCAGUUAUACUCCGUCCUGGAGGAGAAGAAGAGGGAGAUGAGUCAAAAGGUAACAGCUGAACAGGAUGAGAAGGUGAGCUAUAUCCAGAGCCUGACCAGGAAGUACGGAGACCACCUGGAGGAGAGCUGUAAGAUUGUGGAGAUGGGGAUCCAGAACAUGGAGGAGGCAGAGAUGGCCUUAUUCCUGCAGAGCACAAAGCCUCUCCUCAAAAAGAUUGCAGAAGCAUCCAGCACGGCACACUUGGAUAAAGUUGAGCGCGGCUAUGACAAUAUGGAUCACUACAGCGUCGAGUUCAAGAGGGAGGCGAAGGCCCUGCGCAGCAUCGACUUCAUCCAAGAUGAGGACGACGAGGACGAUCUGGAAGAGGACGGAGAAGCAGGCGUAGAGGAAGGAGACGGGGCCCAGACUGUUUCUGGAGGCAGCGCCGUCACAGCCGCCUCCGGCCAGUCUCCUCCUCCUCAGCAGAUAAACCCCUCGCCCACCGUGGCGAUGAGCCCUGCUUCGAAUUAGCCGUCCAGCCCAGACAGCACCCAAACCAAGAGCUGGAUAAGUGUCUGUCUUAGAUGUUGGUCUCAGGCCAGUUGUGAUCCUUCUCCUUCCAGAUUGGGGGAACAGUGAGAUGGAUUAAGAUCCGUGCCAAAGGGAAAAUCUGAGUCUCUGAGGUAGACGUAAAAGAAGAGACAGAGGUUUCUAUUCUCCACUUUAUCUCUUGCUGUGAUUGUUUGAGCUUGCAUCAUUUCCUAUGGACUGAUUUUUUUCUUGUUCUUAUUUAAAACAAGUUUUGCUUCUUCCUUUUCAUUUUGGACAUACUCAAUGACAGACAGGAGUAAGUUUGGUUAUGUCCAGAAUUCAAACAUGAUCAUACGUUUCAUUUUCAUGAAUCUGACCUUUUCCGACCCACAGCUAAAACUACAUCAUUAGACAGCAACCAGAACCAGGCGGCCUUAGGUUUUCCUCCCUGUCGUAUACUUUAUGACUUAAUUAUUAGGGUUUCCUGCAUACAAAACUAUCACUGUGACAUUUCAGUAUUUCACAUACACAAAACGGCCUGUAUUAUUAGUCGUGUAACACAGGUAUAUUUUCCGAUUAUAUUUUAUGUGUCAUUAAAACUAAAUUGUACAAACAAGUAGAGCUCCAAUCUUCAGUUACAUCUUAUUUCCACUCCCAUCCUCUCUGUGCUCAUGUGUACAGGGAAAAGACUUCUUUUUCUCCAUCCCUUUAUCUAUUUCUCACACUCUUUUCCAUUUAGUUCUGAUGAAGGAAAUCCAGCGAGCAAAGGCAUUAGUGCUCUUUUUAUAGCUGGUUCAGACAGUUAUAAGAUCCCUGUGUACUGUAUGGUCCUGUUACCAUCCCUGCCCACAACCUACUGUACAUAGGAGGCUGCAGUGAGCCUCCAGCCAUCAGUUGUCCAUUCGCUGCCUUGCGAUGGUCCCACCUUGCUGUGACUCCCCAGCAAGUCUGCCACGGAGUCCCAUCUAAUUAUUGUUCACCAUCUCUCACUGAGUUGGAUCCUUUACAAAUGGGCUCAAUGCAGCGCUAAGCCCCAAGUUGCUAAGUGGGCAAAACAGAAUAGGAUGACUCACAUCUAUAACUCUUGUUUAGUUUUCCCUGACACCAUGGGUCAAGGAUCAAAACAGCACACGCACGCACACACACACACACACACACACACACACACACACGCACACACGCAUCUUUCACACUCAUUAGCUAUCAGUGGUGCAUCUUUGAGCUGUCUGUUGUUGCCUCUUACUGGCAUAAUGAGAAAUGUCUCUUGAGGAUUAAGGGUUUAGGAGAAAGGAUGCUGUGCUCUUCACCUGCAUGGCCGCGGGCGCUCUCUCACAGCAUCCUUUGGUUAAAUGUUUUGUUUUUUCAGCUCUUUUUGUGUCUGUGUGAUGGAGAGGAGGCAUGGUGUUAGCCCACGACUUGGCUGCAGAUCAAUGCCAUGGUAACACCAUGUAAGAUUUUUGUAUUCAGUCAGAAAAAAGAACCUUUGUCAAUCAAUAUCUGUGUAGGCAAGUCUCAAGAUACAGUGGCCAUUUGUGCUCUUUCCAACCAAGCGUUUGCUUUGCAGUAAACAUUUAUUCUUCAAUGUAAGAUUACAAAUUUAUGUAUCAAUAAACAAUAUGAGAGUCAAAUUAGAGAUUUAAGUAAGUGGGAAUAGUUUGUUUUCUUUUUUAGUUACUAUUAACUCACUUGUAAGGAUGUGCACAGAGAGGUGUAAGCAGUGCUUUUAAUUUUUUAUUAAAAAAUAUAGAUAUAAGACGUUCUCUUGCACAACAGAAAAUGACUGGUUGCACAUAAGUUUAUUAACAAACAUAAAUAUCAUAAAUACAGUGAUCCAUAAUCUAAAACAAAAUGCCAAUUUUGCCAAUGCAGUAUUCCAUGUCUCAAACAGAAGUGUUUCAUCUCAGAUAUGGAGACCGGUGCGAUUCUACAGAUUUGACACCAACAUUAAAAUGGAAGGGUACAAUCAGAUCAUUAUGGGUCAAGCCCGUUUAUGCUCCAUAGUUUGAGGUUAAAGCUAUAAAUAAUAGAGUGAUACAGCAGCACUAUUUUGUACAGAGCAUGUUUUGUGCUGAUGGCAAAAACGCAAGAAAAGAAGAAAUAAAAAGAAAAAAAGAAAAGAAA